AUGCGCUGUUCCACUUUGUUUACUUGUGAGCUGGUGGCUCUGUGUGGAAGUAAUCCAGGUCUCUCCACGGAAGAGGACGUUUUGACAGGCUAUUUAAUAAACCUGACUGUCUUUUAUUUUGUGCAGGCGCUGAACGGGUUUGUGAUCGUGGUCACGUCAGACGGAUCCGUGUUUUAUGUUUCCUCCACAAUUAAGGACUACCUGGGCUUUCAUGAGUCGGAUGUGGUCCAUCAGAGCGUGUUUGAGCUCAUUCACACUGACGACCGGUCCUUGUUCAGACAGCAGCUCCACUUUGCCCUGAACCCCGCCACUGCUGCAGCGGGAGGUGAUGUCAUGAAGACCUCUGGGAGUACGGUGAUGUACAACCCUGAUCAGCUUCCUCCAGAGAACUCGUCCUUCCUGGAGAGGAGCUUCGUGUGUCGCUUCCGCUGCCUGCUGGACAACUCCUCUGGAUUUCUGGUUAGUACAACAAAUGCGAAAAGCAAGUUAAAUUGUCCGAAAAAUGUGAUGUAAUGUGGUUCGUUUACGUUUGUUUGAAUUCAAUAAAAGCCACUCUUAAACAACAUCUCAGAAGCCCCUACAGCAGGGGUGU